GCAACCUCAGACACACCACACCUUCUCACCAUCCUCACAGAACUCAAGAGUGUCGGUCAGUCAGACAGAGAGGCAGGGCAGACUGCUGAAAGGGGGAGUGGACACAUAUAGAGCAGAGGGGAAAGAGGAGAAGAGAGAAAGAGGGCUAUCCACUCAUCUCCGACAGUAGGGAUAUUGAUGCACAUACUUGAGUGAAGAGGAAAAUAAAACGACAUGAGUUUAGGAGCAGCAUGUGUCUUCCUGAGGGGAGGGAAGCAUAUUGACAGAGAGCUGGCCGAUGACGAAAUUGAAGAGCUGCGCGAGGCGUUUGCUGAGUUCGACAAGGACAAGGAUGGGCUGAUCAGCUGCAAGGACCUGGGCAACCUGAUGAGGACAAUGGGCUACAUGCCCACUGAGAUGGAGCUGAUCGAGCUGAGCCAGAACAUCAACAUGAACCUUGGUGGGAGAGUAGACUUUGAGGACUUUGUUGAGCUGAUGGCCCCAAAGCUGCUGGCUGAGACUGCUGGGAUGAUCGGCGUGAAAGAACUGAAGGACGCUUUCAAAGAGUUUGACGCGGACGGAGACGGAGAGAUCACAACAGAGGAGUUACGAAACGCCAUGACCAAGCUGAUGGGGGAGCACAUGUCUCGAAGAGAGAUUGACGCUGUGGUACGAGAGGCUGACAAUAACGGUGACGGGACUGUAGACUUUGAAGAGUUUGUUAGAAUGAUGUCACGCCAGUGAGGAGGACUUCUUGGAAAAAGGAUUAUUUCUCACACACACGUUUGUAUUACUAUCCUUCUGGGGAUCAAACAAUUGAUUCCCAUUAAAAUCCUAUUUUCCCUAACCAUUAACCCUAAAAUAGCCUUUUUCCUUGUUGGGACUGGCAAAAUGUCCCCACAACCAAAACCAAACACACACACAUACACAGCCCCCCCCACACAAUCUUCAGGAUGUAUUUCUGCAGUUUGAAAAAUGAUAUUAAUACAAUUAUUUUAUUAACACACAUAAUACAAUAAAAAUAUAUAAUACAAUAAUUAAUAACAUGACCACAAAUUAGAAAUGUUUUUUUCAAGCACAUACAUUGUUUUAUGUCAUUUGUAUAUAUAUGGGAAAUUAUGCAAUUCUAUUUGUCUAGCUUGUUUUUUGAUUAGUUUUUGAAGGUAUUCUACAAUAAAUUAUUCGGAAAAAAAUACUUUGGUUAUGUUUACCCUAUGUCAAAGGAGCAUUAACAUACCAUUCUGAAUCCAAUUUCGGUUGAACAAUCAAUCACAAUCAUCUGUUAUCAAUGUCCAUGCAUAUGAUAUUUGGCAGACAUGAUCAAAUAUAUGUAUCUUUACACUAAUGGGGCAUUCACAUGGUCGUCGGAUGUGGGAAACUUCCCAAUAAGGAGGUCAUAAGUCCAACAUGUUUGUGAUCAAGUGCUUUUAAGUCAGAACAAUUGUUCCACCAAUACGAUUUUAGCUAGCUAGACAAUAAAGUUAUCUAGCUUGCUUAUCAUUGACAAUAUGGUCAAACUAGCUACAUUAUUCACAUUUACAUAUUUGUAAUUGUCAAAAACUAAUUUGUGGUAAUCUUUUAGUUGAUAAAGUGAAAAGCCAGCGGUGAAACGUCACAACUUGGUUAAUUAACAUUUUCUCUGAGUUUCCCACUUGUAAUUACGAUCAGGAGGGUCAUUCAAGUGAGAUUUCCCAGUCGGAACUACGGACUUCAGAUAACUCUAAUAGCAUGUGAACACCCCAUAAAUCCAGACCCCUUAUAGAGACGGUUAGAGGCAACUCAGUGUGAAAUAAGAGUGACACCAUCAAUUUAUGAACGGAGUCAGACAGGAUUAACCCCUGUAAAUAAACAACAUGUCCACUAAUCUGCAUUUCUUUGAAAAUCAUCAGAAUCUCUGUAAUCUGUGUAAUGGAAGUUUGGUAGAGAACAGAUGGUGGAGAAAGAAAGAUGGAGUGCUGAAAAAUGGGGAGUGGAGUUACUUAACAUAGCUGUCUGAAAGUGGCUUCAUGAGAUAAGGGGAAAAAGUUCAUGUAAAAGAGUGGAGAAAGUGAUAAGGGGGAGAAAGGCAGAUAAGAACGAAGGAAGAUAUGAAAUAAUUACACAUACAUAGCUAUCCAAUGCUAUAUUUAUACACAUAGUUAAUCAGUCUAAAUAAAAAUGCUUGUAACUGGUAUUGACAGAUCAUCAAUAGGUCUUCAUAUUCCAACAAUCACACUAAGAAUGAAUUUAUCCAACUACUAUUGACCCAACAUUACCAUCAUCGCGAUUCUAUUAUUUGAGUGCUGACCCUUACGUUGAUUUACAUAAUCGUAGAGCAAAGACUUCAAAGAAACUAUACAUUUUGGUAUAAAACAUAUUUUUAUGAUGAGUAAGAUAUGACGAUGAGUUUGCAUAACGGAACACGUGGGUACUAUGGGUGCUUGGCUUGGGCAAUGAAAAAGAUAAGUCAUUGUGAUUACACUGUGGGAUAAAAAGGUUCAGGAUUUGAUGUUGGUUGCAUAGGGAUAGGAAGGACGUUUGAAGGUUAAAAGUUAUUGCGUGACCGAAAGUGGACACCCUGGUGAUUUAACAGAGCUCCUCUCAUGCUAUACAGUCUCAAAAUGACGACAUCGUGAGUCAAUUGGUCAAAACAUCGGAUUUGGAGCUAUUAAAAGCCGAAACACGGAACGUUUUCUUGAGCCAAAAAAUCUGGCAGAGGAAAAAGUGCACUCUGAGUCCCUCCUUAAAUUAAGAAGCUCUAACUUUGAUUAAAUUCGGGGGGGGGGGGGCGAUUUGUAUGUUAAUCUGACCAGUAGCUUUCUAGUGUAGUAGAAGUGGGUUACAUAAUUUUCUACUUGGUCUUUGCACAUUUGUUCGACUCAUUAGACUCGGAAGCCAAUUAUUUUUGAACAAGAAACAUAGUACAGCACACUGACAGUGCUGACGUGGACAUUGUGUGAGACUCCGAUAUGGCACACUAUUCCCUACGUAUGCACUACUUUUGACCAGUUGUGCACUACAUUGGGAAUAGGGUGCUGUUUUGGAAGCCAACUUUUCUACAGAGGCCUGGUAGUGUAAGAUGCGUGACAGACUGGGCAGGUUAUCAGACCGGGUUGACAGCUGGGGCGCGAUGGCUUAGAGCACCAAUUAACAAAAGUGAUGUGACACCCUCGCAGAACACCGUUUCCAGACCUAAUAAUUUAUUUGCAAUUCUGUCAAACAGGCGAUCUAGAAAAUAAAUACAGCUGUGUUGAAAGUGCAUACACCAUAGGCCUCGUACUACAGUUUCAAAUUGUGGAUUCAUACUGAGGUAGAAAAUAAUACACGUCUGUGAUUUUAGUGAGCUUUGAAAAGGGAUGCACUCCUACAGCUGCGUCAGAAUGUUGCUGCGCAGAUUUUUGUCACAGUGUUGGGAUGGAUCCCUAGGAGUCCCUUGCAGGUGCACUAUAACAUAUUAUAACAUGAUAUUAAAUAAGUUUUUCCACUAUACUUGCUUAAUUGUAAAGUUUCAUGAUAUCAACAUUUGCAGGAGAGAGAGCGAGAGACAGAGAGAGAAAUUUACAUUUCAACUGGCAUUUUUUGGCGCAUUUUGAAGUCAAAAACUUGAUUUUCCCGUGUUUGAUAUAUAUUUCCACGUUAUGAGGUUGGAAUAAUAAAGGGAAAUUGUGAAAAUUAUAAUAAUGCCCUUUUAAAGAGCUGUUUGAAAAGACAGCCUGAAAUUUCAACCUGUUUUGGUGGGAUGGAGUUUUGGCCUGCCUGGUGAUAACACAUUGGCCCUUUAAGAAUGAAAUAUCAAGCAAUUACACAGCCAGAUGACAAAAUCCAUAAUCCAAGUCCCUGAUAUAAAAAAAACAACACAACUAUAAUACUGAGCAAAAUGUGGGAUUAAUCAUUUAGGGGGGAGGGGGGAGAUAAAAAAUGCUGUAAUGCUGAUGGCGUGAGCCCUCUAACAUCCAGGGCAGGCUUCACUUUCAUUAAUCCAAAUUAAUCUUUCUUUCUCUUGCUCGCACUCUCUCUCUCUCUCUCUCAUGUCCCAAAUGGCACCGUAUUCCUUAUAUAGUGCAUUUCUAUAAUGCACUACCAUUGGGGGAUAGAUUUUCUUUCUGCUCCCUGUCAAUUCCAACAUGCCUGGCUACAGUAGUUUAUAGUGAGUCCAUCCAUGACAGUAUUAACCCUUACGCUCUUAGGGUCUAAUCUCCUGUAUCCCUGAAGCCUCUUUCUCUUUCCCUCUCUCCCUUUCCGUGUGUCCGGAUUGAAUUCCCUUUAAACGACUCCAUUUCCUGUUAAUACUUCUGAGAACGGAUCAUCUGAGUAUUUUUUUAAAGUUUUUUUUUUACAUAUGACCAUCCGUUCAGGGGUGUGAAUACUUACACUACCGUUCAAAAGUUUGGGGUCACUUAGAAAUGU